AUGGCCCAAGUGGACUCGAGCAAUGAUUUGCAGCACAAGUCUCCAGACUAUUAUCCCAUCUCACAGCCCAUCCUAAUCCAUUCAAAUCAGGGCAAAUCCACAAUGAUGUUGUUGAAUAGUAGCAAGAGCGAUAGUGGAUAUAUCCAUGAAUCACAUCUUUCAGGGGAAUCACAAUUUAUCAACAAGCCUCCAAGUAUCUAUUUGCAUGAACACCUUGGUGAUGAUGAGGAUGAGGAUGUCGACAAGUUUUCGAUGCACAGUAGCAUGUUUGAGGAUGGAGCUACUUCAAAGCCAGAUAAAUCUUCCAAACGAAGCUUUUUUGAACGAAUUGGCCUGAGAAAGAAGCAUCAUCUUCAGCCAAAUUUCGAGUACAAUCUUGAGCAAGACCAUCCACAGAUGUCAGACGAAGACGAGCAGAUGGAUAUCAUUGAUCGCAACGAAGAAGACGAUGACGAUGACGACGAACUAUCGUCCUGCUCCUCAUCAGAGGAAGGCAACGCACCUCAUAUUAGUGUGUCGACUCCAACGUCUACUCCUGGGCGGCCAAGUUCAUUGAGUAGCCAGUAUCAAGCCGGAAAGUAUGUCAAGACAAAGACAAAGCAUAAAAAGAACAACCAAGAGUUUGCACGGCUCAUGCUGGCUCAGAGCAUCCAAACGUCCUAUAAAUCCGACACACUCAACAACAGCAAGCAUGAAUAUCACAACCAUUACCGCAUGUCAUCUGACUCAUCAACAGAGCCAAGCCCGAACCAUCCUUACGGUGCAAUUUGGGCACUCAAAUUUAGUAAGGAUGGACGGUAUCUCGCAUCAGCAGGGCAGAAUUGUGUCAUUUACCUGUGGACAUUGUUGGCUCCUCAAAAUCAGCAAGAUGUUCCUGAAUUCUCAAUCAACGUAUUGGAGGAAACCCCGCACAUGGAAUACAUUGGACAUAAAGCGGAUAUUUUGGAUCUUGCAUGGUCAAAGAACAACUUUCUUCUAUCAAGCUCUAUGGACCACACAGUGAGAUUAUGGCACACAUCACAGAAAAAUUGCCUGUGUGUGUUUCAGCAUUUGAAUUUUGUCACAUCCAUUGAAUUCCAUCCCAAGGAUGAUCGCUUCUUCUUGUCUGGAUCCAUGGAUGGCAGAAUUCGAGUUUGGAACAUACCCGAGAAACGAGUAGCUUUUUGGAACGAGAUUCCUGGCAACCGGCUAGUUACUGCAGCAGGCUUUACGUUGGAUGGUAAAACUGUGAUUACAGGCUCACAUGAUGGUCAUUGCUAUUUUUUCGAGACACAAAGCCUCAAGUACAUCACACAAAUUUCCGUGAAUAGCGACACCAACAGCAAUCGCAACUCAUCAUCGAAAAAGGGUCCCAAAAUCACAGGCGUUGAGAUGAUGCCUGGUAUGCCACCAGGUGACGAGAAACUGUUGGUCACUAGCAAUGAUUCCAAAGUGAGAUUAUACAACAUGAAGGAUAAAAGUCUCAUGUUCAAAUACAAGGGCGUUGAAAAUACGUGUCUUCAGAUCAAGGCUAGUUUCAGCGAUGACGGAAGAUACAUCAUCAGUGGUUCAGAGGAUUGCCACACAUAUAUAUGGCGAACAGAGCAAUCCAGUGUAUCACCUCUACAUCACUUGCAAGAAUCCAGAAGUAAAGCAUUGUCUGUGUUUGGACAUCUUGGCGAAUCUACUCUUAAGUUCCCUUCGCAUCAUUUUGACAACCACUCUACACCUACAUUGCAACAAAAUCCGUCUACACCGGUAUCAGAAAAGCUGAACCAGCAGCAGCAUCAACAGACACGAUUUUCAAAAUGGCUCAAGAAAAAAGACAACCACACUGAUAAAAUUCGAAGUCGAACAGAGUACUUUGAAGCGCACGAUUAUGUAGUGACAGCAGCCAUUUUCGCACCUGCCAAAACCAGACAGUGGAUUGCCAAAUCAAAGCUAGACGCCAUCUACAACAACACGCCUCUCCAUCUUCGACGCUGUUCAACAGCAAGCAGUGGGAGCCAUACUUCCUCGUUUGUCAAAGAAGAAGAUCAGUAUUCUGAAGGGCAUAUACUCAUUACGGCUGACUUUCGUGGACUCAUCAAAGUAUGGCGAGUUGAUUCUGGGUCGUACCAGCCAUCUAAUACUACACUGCUACCACCUCUCGAUACCCAAUCCUUACAUGCUGCAUCGACACCGCCAUUCGAUAUCCUAUCUACUUCACCCAAUAGUGGCAGCGGUGCUCGUUCUAUAUCAUCUUCGUCUUCGCCAAAGGUCAAGAAGAAUUUUGGCUUAUUUUCAUCUCGGCAUUCAAAGUAG